AUGCCCUCCUGGGCCCUCUUGGCGGUCAUCUCCUACCUCCUCCCGGUCCCCCAAUACCUGGCACAAGUCACCAGCCAAGAUGCCUCCUCGCUGGCCUCGGACUCAGAGUCCCUGAACUGUUUCUCUCGAACCUUUGAGGACCUCACUUGCUUCUGGGAUGAGGAAGAGGGAGCGCCCAGUGAAAUGUAUCAGCUGCUGUAUGCCUAUCCGGGGGAGCAGCCCCGCACCUGCCCCCUGAGUUCCCAGCAUGUGAUGCCCUUUAGAACCCGCUACGUGUGCCAGUUUCCGGCCCAGGCUGAAGUUCGCCUCUUCUCUCAACUGCACCUCUGGGUGAAGAAUGUGUUUCUGAACCAGAAUCUGACCCAGCGGGUGCUCUCUGUGGAUGCUGUGGGCCUGCCAACUCCCCCCAGUCUCAUCAAGGCCAUGGGUGGGAGCCAGCCAGGGGAACUUCAGAUCAGCUGGGAGGCCCCAGCUCCCGAAAUCAAUGAAUUUCUGAGGCAUGAACUCCGCUAUGGCCCCAAGGACCCCAGGAACUCCACUGGCGCCAUAGUCACACAGCUGCUGUCCGCAGAAACCUGCUGCCCAGCUCGGCGGAGACCAAACCUAGCGGCAACCCUGGACCAGUCUCCAUGUGCGCAGCCCAUGAUGCCUCAACAGACUGGACCAGAGCAGACCUCCCCAACUAGAGAAGCUCCAUCUCUGACAACGAAGGGUGGCAGCUGCCUCAUCUCAGGACUCCAGCCUGGUAACUCCUACUGGCUCCAGCUACGCAGCCAACCUGAUGGGGUCUCUCUCCGUGGUUCCUGGGGAUCUUGGUCCCUCCCUGUGACUGUGGACCUGCCUGGCGAUGCAGGGGAAAUUGGACUACAAUGCUUUACCUUGGACCUGACGAAUGUUACCUGUCAGUGGCAACAGCAGAACCAUGCCAGCGCCCAAGGCUUCUUCUACCACAGCAGGGCACGUUGCUGCCCCAGAGACAGGGACCCCAUCUGGGAGAAGUGUGAAGAGGAGAAAAACUCAGGAUCACAGUCCUCCCAGUUCUCCCGCUGCCACUUCAAGUCACAAAAUAACAGUGCUAUUCACAUCCUUGUGGAGGUGACCACAGCCCAGGGUGCUGUUCACAGCUACCUGGGCUCCCCUUUCUGGAUCCACCAGGCUGUGCUCAUCCCCACUCCAAACUUGCACUGGAGGGAGGUCUCCAGCGGGCAGCUGGAACUGGAAUGGCAGCAUCCAUCAGCCUGGGCAGCCCAAGAAACCUGCUAUCAGCUCCGAUACACAGCAGAAGGCCAUCAGGACUGGAAGGUGCUGGAGCCACCUCUUGGGGCCCAGGGAGAGACCUUGGAGCUGCGCCCGCGCUCCCGCUACCGCGUACAGCUGCGCGCCAGGCUCCAUGGCCCCACCUUCCAAGGUCCCUGGAGCUCUUGGUCCGACUCAGUGAGGGUGGAGACGGCCUCGGAGACGGUCUGGAUCUUCCUGGUGACUGCUCUGCUCCUGGUCCUGAGCGUCAGCGCCCUCCUGGGCCUGCUGCUGCUGAGGUGGCAAUUUCCUGAGCACUACAGGAGCCUGAGGCAUGCCCUGUGGCCCUCACUUCCAGACCUACACCGGGUCCUUGGCCAGUACCUUAGGGAUACUGCAGCCCUGAGUCCGCCCAAGGCUGCAGUCUCAGAUGUCUAUGAGGAAGUGGAACCCAGCCUCCUUGAAAUUCUACCUAGAUCCUCAGAGAAGGCUCCCUUGCCCCUGUGUUCCUCUCAGGCCCAGUUGGACUACCGAGGAUUGCAGCCUUCUUGCCUGGGGACCAUGCCCCUGUCUGUGUGCCCGCCAAUGGCUGAGCCAGGGUCCUACUGUGCCACUCACAUCGCCAACCAUUCCUACUUACCACUCAGCUGCUGGCAGGUCCCUCGCUCCCAGUACCCUGGACAGAUCCAAACUCUCUAGCUCUCCCUCCUGAGCUCCCUAACCAUCCCAUCCCAACAACCAUCUCAGAUCUCACGUCCUUCCCUGUUGUCUGCCCUUCUGGCUGGACUUCAUAACACUGACCUUUCACCACUGCUGCGGGCAUCCAUCUGGGACUCUUUCUCCUCAGGCAAGGCUCACUUGACUAAGCCCCUCUAAAUUUCACCUCCUUUCUCUCUGCUCUUUAAUGCCAAAGUCCUUGAAAAGGAGCCUCCACUUCCCAACUCCCAUUUGCUCUUCAGACUGCUUCAAUUUAUUCCCCUGCUACCACUCUGCUAAUGAAACUACUCAGGCAAAGCUCACCUCAAGCUUUCUCAUCACAAGAUCCAAUCAGAUCUUGUUAAUCCUCAACAUGUUUAAUCUCUCUGUUGGCAUUUGUCAUGGUGACUACUUAUUUCGCCUUUAAAUUCUCUCCUCCAUGGCUUGCAUGCAUCACCAUCUCUCCUGGCUCUGCUUGGGCUUCUCUGAGUAUACUGAUAGUUGACAGCAUAAACUUUGUGGAGUCAGAGCUAGGUUCAAUUCCUAUCUUUCCCACUUGCUAGCUGUGUGACCUUGAAUAAAUAACUCAAAGUCUUUGAGCCUUAAUUUUCUCAUCUAUAAAAUAGGGAUAAUACAGAAUGCUAUAGAGUUGUAAAGAGUAUUUAGUGAGAUAGUCUAAGUAAAACACAGUGAAAGAGGGUUCCGGAUUAAUGUCAGCAGCAGUGCCAACAUAGUGCCAACUAAGACAUAGUGUUUGAGAUAUCUAGACUAGACUAUAAUAAUUAUUCCUUCCUAAUCUCUUAUCUUGGCAUAUCUUCCACUCCUUAAUUAUUGCAGUCACUUAAGAGUCAGUUCUUAAGUCUCCAACCCAUCUGCUCUCAUAGCCUUUCUUACAUGCUGAGCGUUCUAAAGCUCUUAUCUUCAACCCAGACUUUUACUAUAGCACCUGUAAUGCUUUAUGCAAAUAACUGUUUACAUGUCUGUCUCCCGUUACUAGAUUGUGAGCUCCUUCAGGGCAAGGGCUGUGAUUCAUUUGCCUUCCCCCUCCCCCACCCCCUAGCACCUAGAGUAGUGCUUGAUUCACGAUAGAAGGCCUCCAAUAAAUGUUUUCUAAAUGAAGGAAAUCUUUCUGGACAAUGCCACCUCAUCCCAUGCCAACCUCUCUCAUCCUCUAUGCCAUUCAUAUGCAGUGGUAAAUAUGCUUAGGCCAUUCUGAUUAUGGAUUCCCUGACCCAUUCAAAUUCUCAAACAAAUGGUAUUUUUUUGCUGACUCCAAACAUACCCACUAUAUCAGUCAGAGUCUUGGCAGAAAUAGAUGACACACACACACUCAACCUGGGUAUCUGGAUGAGAGUUUAAUAUAGGGCAUAUUUACAAAGAUGGGGCAGGAUUCAGUAAAAACAUCAAGGAAUAAUGCAGUGUCCUGGGGCUAACAACAACUGAGAGGUGGGGCCCACCCCUCCCCACCCUGGGUAUCAAGGGGUCACGGGAGAGAGUGGUUACAGAGAAGGCUGCCUGGCAGGAGCUGUGGCAGAGAGCUGCAGCCAGCCUGUGGGGAUGCGACAGUAAUGGAGC